AUGAGGACGAGAGACAACGCGGUUGGUCGGGUCAGCUCGUCAGUUGCGCACGCGCAGCGGCGGCAGACGACCGUGUUCCGGACGUGCUCGGAUUCAAGUUUCGCGCGAGUUUCCGCCACGGUGUGUUCCCCACGUCACGGUGUUGUUUUGAUUCGGCCAGGAAUCACGCGCCGCCUGCGCCCGACACGGUGUCGCGUGUGCCCAGAAAGUGUAACGGCAGAGGAUCACAGUGCACAUUGUUGGAAGCCCGAAAGUGCGUGGGAACGCUCUCUG